GAGGAUCUUGAAGCCCUGAUAGCAGAAUUCCAGAGUUUAGAUGCUAAAAAGACCCAAGUAAUUGAGUCAUCCUGCCCACCACCCUCACCCAGGCUGAAUGGCUCUCUCUCUGCUCAUCCUGAGAAAGACGAAUUGAUCCUUUUUGGAGGUGAAUAUUUCAAUGGCCAAAAAACGUAUCUCUAUAAUGACCUGUAUGUUUACAACAUCCGGAAGAACAGCUGGUCUAAAGUAGAGAUCCCCAACCCACCACCGAGGCGAUGUGCUCACCAGGCAGCAGUGGUGCCCACAGCCGGUGGGCAGCUGUGGCUAUUUGGUGGAGAGUUUGCAUCUCCCAGUGGGGAGCAGUUCUAUCAUUACAAGGAUCUCUGGGUCCUGCAUUUGGCUACCAAGACCUGGGAGCAGAUCAAGGCAUCAGGAGGUCCCUCUGGGCGAAGUGGACAUCGAAUGGUUGCUUGCAAAAGACAGCUGAUUAUCUUUGGAGGUUUCCAUGAGAGUGCAAGAGAUUACAUCUAUUACAAUGAUGUGUAUGCCUUCAACCUGGACUCAUUCACCUGGAGCAAGCUGGCUCCGUCAGGGAUCGGGCCUGCUCCAAGAUCUGGAUGUCAAAUGGCUACCAACCCUGAGGGCAGCAUAAUCAUCUAUGGAGGCUACUCCAAACAGAGAAUUAAGAAAGAUGUUGACAAAGGCACCCUGCAUAUGUUCCUACUGAAGGUUGAAGGCGCAGGCAAGGAGGAAGACAAGUGGGCAUGGAGUAGGCUCAACCCUUCUGGCGUGAAACCCACUCCCAGAUCUGGCUUCUCAGUGGCAAUUGGUCCCAAUAACCGCUCCCUUCUGUUCGGAGGUGUGCAUGAUGAAGAAGAGGAAGAGAGCAUUGAAGGGGACUUCUUCAAUGAUAUUUAUUUCUAUGACCUUGGGAAAAACCGCUGGUUUCCUGGACAGCUGAAGGGACCAAAAUCAGAGAAGAGGAAGCGAAGACGUGGCAGACAAGCUGAGGCAGAGGAUGCUGGAGAUGAGGAGGUGGAGAAGCAACUUUCAGAAGCCCCAGUGGAGAUAGUCAAAGAGGUGGUGGCAGAAGAUGGGACUGUCAUGACAAUCAAGCAGGUGAUCUCUGGACCUGCAGAAGAAAAGGGAAGGUCUGAAUCAGAGGAGGAGGAGGAAGAUGGAGCCUUGGGCCAGCAAGUGGAGCCAUGCCCACGUUCAAAUGCCAUGUUGGCAGUUAAGCAUGGGGUUCUCUAUGUGUAUGGGGGAAUGUUUGAGGUGGGUGACCGCCAGUUUACCCUCAGUGACCUCUACAGCAUCGACCUACACAAGAUGGAAGAAUGGAAGGUGCUAGUGGAGAUGGAUCCAAAAGCACAAGAAUGGCUGGAGGAGUCUGAGUCAGAUGAAGAGGAGGAUGAUAAGGAAGGUGCAGAGGGAGGAGAAGAGGAAGAGGAGAGCUCUGAAGAGGAGAGUGAAGGUGAGGGAGAAGAGGAGCAACACCCAUCUGUUCAGCUUGAUGAGAGCCAUGCAGACUACCUGUCCAGGACAGAGCAGUACUGGAUUAAACUAGCCCGCAGCAACAUGGGCCCAGAUGCCAAGGAGAAGAAGGUGGUAAAAGUGGCAUAUGCCAUGGCAAAGACUUUCUAUGAAGAUUCAGUCUAGAUGUUCUUGAGACUGUUCUAUGAGUGAAAAACGUGCAGGGAGCAGUGGUUAGCCCCACAGAACUCAUAGUGAUGUACCAGGCAGUCAGCAUGUCAGAAGGCAUCCUUGCACUCUAGCUUUUGCCUACUCUAGGUGCCUUUGGGCUGCCCAGUCUCAAUGCACCUUCAUGGUUUAUACUCUGGAUUUGCUAUUACUGUCCUGGAAGUUGUGGGAGGAUCUUGAGGAACAGGAUUGCUGUUUGAGCACUUGUUCUGCUGGGGCUGGCCUAUACAAUACUGUCAUUUUUUUGUUCAAAAUUAUUUUGAGUCUGUCAAGAUGAACUGCACAUCACAAUGGUUCACUGGUCCCAAAUUCCUUACCCUGAUGGAGCCAGAAUGUGACUCCAGGGGUUUCUACAAUAAACUUAUUUGGU